AUGAUCUCUGGAUUUUGUCAAAACCUGUAUAGUGAAGAUGCACUGAAACUAUUUGUUGAAAUGCAGGAAAAAAAUAUGAGUCCUACUGAUCAUACUUUAUGUUCCAUUUUAAGUGCUUGCAGCAGCCUUGCAGUGCUUCUUCAAGGAAAACAAGUGCACUCUCUGGUUAUUAAAAUAGGUUCUGAAAGGAAUGUGUUUGUGGCCAGUGCUCUGAUUGAUAUGUAUUCAAAGGGUGGUGACAUUGAUGCAGCUCGAUGUGUGUUAGAUCAGACUUCUAAUAGGAACACUGUGUUGUGGACAUCCAUGAUCAUGGGUUAUGCUCAAUGUGGGAGAGGCUUAGAGGCAGUGGAACUUUUUGAUUGUUUAUUAACCAAACAAGAGUUAAUUCCUGAUCAAGUCUGCUUUACUGCUGUCUUAACAGCUUGUAAUCAUGCAGGAUUUAUUGACAAAGGAGAGGAAUAUUUCAACAAAAUGAGAACAAGUUAUGGGUUGUCUCCUGAUAUAGAUCAAUAUGCUUGCUUGAUUGAUCUUUAUGCUAGAAAUGGAAAUCUAAGGAAGGCAAGGGAUUUAAUGGAGGAAAUGCCUUAUGAUCCAAAUUGUAUAAUUUGGAGUUCCGUCUUGAGUGCUUGCAAGAUUUAUGGAGAUGUAGAGCUUGGAAGAGAGGCUGCUAAUCAGCUCAUUAAGAUGGAACCAUGUAAUGCAGCUCCAUAUUUAACUCUAGCACAUAUCUAUGAUUAA